AAAACAGUUUUGUGGAUGACUUAAUCUGUGCAUGAAUUUCUAAACCAAUGAUCGGCUCCCAGCGGCCCUUUAUGAUGUUUCUAUUUGGUUGUGUCCAUUCGUGAACGAUUGGUGAAGUGGGUGUUAUAGUAGAUAAACAUCUUGGUGUGGCUCGACCCUGAUAAAGUGUUGAAGUCCAGAAUCUGGAUGAGGCCGUCCAUAAACCUAUAGGCCUUGCUGCUGUUUUCACUCCCACUAUCCUAGACACUGCUAGGUAUUGUGAAUGCAUGCUGAUCAUUCUUUAUGCGGGAUUCAGCGAAUUGUUCAGUUGCGAGAAAGAUAAAGAAAGGCGUAACACAAAUUUUUCAAAAAGGUCUCAGAACAGCAAACCUUGUCACCUCUUUAUUUUCUGCCAUUACACUUACCAACAUCAACCUAGCCCAUUGACAUGUCUGCAAAAGACCUAGCCAUCAGCACCACUCAGUCAGCGCCCGCUGACGCUGAGGGCGAAGAGCCCUCUCAAGCAAUGCCUCUCUCGCCAGCAUCAGUCAGAAGUUACCAAAAGAAAAAGUUGAGUAAAGGUCGUGGAGAGCCUUCAAAAGAACCAGACCUUUUCUCUGAAGAGGAAUCGGACUCAGGAAGUGACGAUAAAUUUCAAGAGAGCGAUAAAAAAGCUGAAGACGACGAAGAUGAAGAUCAUUUUAAACAUUUGGAUCCACGGCUAGAAGCACUCGAUGGUACUAUAAAAUUAAAGUCUGCUUCAGAGAAGAAGAAGGACAAGGAGCAGGACAAUGAUGACGAUGAGGAGCAGGAGGAUGACUCGAUUGAAGACGACGACAGUGAAACUACGGCAUCAUCCAAUCCACUAGCGCAAGGCAUGGCCAAUAUGGAGCUUGGCGGUGCCACCACCGCUUCUACUGUAUCUGGAACACCAGUAUCUCAGUCCCAACCUAAAAUAUCGCAAAGUAACAUGGAAGAAGGAAGCGAAGCCAACCAGGAUUCAAUGAGCACUGGAACAGAUACAAUCGCCUCCGCUGACUCUAUAACACCAUCUCAGCUAGAACGUCUACAAGAGCCUAUUAAACCGCACAUUGCACUUCCAUGUCUUGUCGAGACUGCCAAGAACCCAGCUCGGACACGCAUUACACUCAAAUAUGCUGGGAAGGACCAUGGGACUGAUAGUAACUCUAUCAUGGAAGAACAAGAUCAGAAGAGGUCUACUCGUGGUCGUAAAAAUUACAUGGUGGCCACGGAUCUAUCAGGAGAGAGCUGGCAUGCUACUGAGUGGACUAUCACAACUAUUCUUCGUAACGGAGACGAAAUGAACGUUGUCACCAUUGUAGAAGACGAGAAGAAUGACAACAACAAAGGUGUCAAGAAGGGAAUUCAAAUAGAGAUGCGCGAGGAUGCUGAAAAGCUGACAAAGAAUAUUCAUGAGCAGCUGGAACACACUUGCUUACGAGACAUUACAGUAGUUAUCCAUAUUGUUGCGGCAACUAAGUCAAUGGGAGCUAAGGAGCUAUUGAUUGAAAUGAUUGAUGAUUUAGAAGAUCUGUCCACGGUCAUUGUAGGGUCGCGUGGCCGAGGCGCUAUUAAAGGACUGCUUCUAGGAUCCAUUAGUAACUUCUUGGUCCACAACUCAUCUGUUCCUGUGAUGGUGGUCAGGGCACCCAAGAAGUCCAAGGGCAAGAAGAAAUCCAGAAGGAGUCACAUUCCAGAGCAACUAAGGAGUGUCAAAGAGGCCAAUCUCAAGUACCAACAAGCUUUUGCAGAUGACUGUUAAGAAGCCCAGUUUAAAGUAUUUUCCGUGAUAUUGAACCUAAGAAUAAAGGACUUUGG